AUGUCUACUGAUCUUGAGUUAGGUCAAGAUUUGCCGGGGAUUAAAGUUCCUCUCAUCGAGAUUCAAACACUAGGAACUUGCAGCAGCUCGAAAGAAGUUGUUGAUCCAAUAACUCAACAAGAAAAUGCAGAGGAAUGUUGUCGAACUCCAACAUCUGAGGAACACAAGAUUCCUGCUAUCUUACAAUGUCCGCCGGCGCCUCGAAAACCGAAGAGAAGGACUGUCUUAUGCAAAAGGAAGUUGUCGGAAUUUGAAUUCUUAAACUGCCAAGAAGUGGAAUCUUUAUUUCGGUCAAGCUCUGAGGUUGUUGCAGUUGCAAAGAAGAGAUUGUGCCCUUCUGAAUGA